CGACACAUGGUUUGACCAUUAAUUUAGACGGUUAACAACGUUGAUCGUUAGUCAACACUCCUUGUCAUUGCCACGUCAGCAUAAAAAUUAUUAAAAAAAUUUAAAUGAUUUUCCUGAUUUCUAUUAUUUAUCAUAUUUAAAUUAGCCAAAAAAGUGGCCGAGAUUGAUUACGAAGAAUGAAAGGACAAGCUAGAGAUUGUUUACGAUUUACGAAGAAUGAAAGGAUAAGCUAAAACGCCGUACAGUAAGUCCUCACGACGUCGCUUCCUCAGGCAGCACCGCUCGUCGUCUUCCGAGUCUUCAACCUAUUAGCUUCCUCCGCUGGCCAUAUCGGAGAGCGGCGACUCAGACACCCAAAUUGCCCGCCCGCCCGCCCGCCCGCUCGACUUCCGAUUCCGCGAGUUGUCUCAAUUCUCCCGUUGCGUUGAAGAAAAAGAUGGAAUCCCUAGCUGCUUCGAAAUGGACAAAUUCCCUCCUUUAUUUGACUUUGAUACUCUCCACCGUCUUCCUCCUUCACUCCCAAAUCGCCACCAAUUUGCUCGUCGGCCACCACCCGCUGCGCCUGAAGCGUUCCCCGGAUCUCCCUCUCCGAUUUCGGGACGAUGGCACCUUCAAAAUCCUCCAGGUCGCCGACAUGCAUUUCGGGACCGGGGUGGUCACCCGUUGCAGAGAUGUGCUGCCUUCCGAGUUCGACUACUGCUCCGAUCUCAACACCACUCGCUUUGUCCGGCGAAUGAUCGAGCUUGAGAAGCCCGAUUUCAUCGCUUUUACAGGAGACAAUAUCUUUGGAAGUAGUACAACUGAUGCUGCUGAAUCCUUACUUCGUGCAUUUGGUCCAGCCAUGGACUCUGAAAUUCCAUGGGCAGCAGUGUUAGGUAACCAUGACCAAGAAUCUACAAUGACUCGAGAAGAAUUGAUGUCUUUUAUAUCGCUUAUGGAUUACUCAGUGUCACAAGUCAAUCCAUGGGCGGAUGUACCGGCCAAUUAUGUGGAGUUACCCAAAAGGAGGAAAAUUGAUGGCUUUGGAAACUACGAUCUCCACGUAUAUGGUCCGCCUGGUUCUGUUUUGGCAAAUGACAGCGUCAUGAAUCUUUACUUCCUUGACAGUGGAGACAGAGAAGUAGUCCAAGGAAGACGUACUUAUGGGUGGAUUAAAGAAUCUCAACUUCAUUGGCUUGGUGGCGUUUCAAAGCGAAAUAAGGUCACAACCUAACAGGAGCAGAUUGAGAAUCUCAAUCACAUGGCAGAGGUUUCACGGAUGCCUAUAAAUCCUGCACUGGCUUUCUUCCACAUCCCAAUUCCUGAAAUUCCACAGCUGUACUAUCAGAAGAUCAUCGGCCAGUUUCAGGAAGGUGUUGCUUGUUCGUUGGUGAACCCAGGAGUCUUGAAGACCUUUG